CCCCCUAUAUAAAGACAGCACUUAUACUGAUUCUCAGCAAGUUCCUACUUUUGACAUUAGCCAAUCGUAGUGGUACUGCUGUUAUCCUGCCCUGCACUGAGGACUCUACCCCAACCCCUCUCAUGCAUGCAUCACCCGAAUAAGUAGACUCCUAGCAAUUUGUGGAGAUGCUGCUUAACUGCCAUGAGUCCACAUUUAGUAUAAUCUUGAAGCGCUAGCCCAAACACUCCAAGUUAGCACUCUCAUGGGUUCAGUGCCGGCUCAAGUUUCCACCAUGAGGGAGCAGGGCCACCUAUAUGUUGAGGACACUGGUCAGGCAGAGAGGUCCCAGUGGAUAUUAAAUUCACCUAGCCCACCACCUCUCUGGACUAAGCUGUUCGAUCUCAAGGAGGCCAUACUUCGUGGAAACAACUUUUCUCCAUCCAAGAAGAAGGUUUUCCACAGACAAGCUGCGUCCUUCUUUCUGAACUUAUUCCCAAUCCUUAGCUGGUUAAGAGAGUACAAAGCUUCUAAGUUUAAAGAUGAUCUGCUUGCUGGUUUAACUCUUGCCAGCCUCAGCAUACCUCAGAGCAUAGGAUAUGCUUCUUUGGCAAGACUUGAUCCUCAAUAUGGCCUGUAUACAAGUGUGGUUCCUCCUCUUAUCUAUGCUGUAAUGGGGAGUUCAAGAGAAAUAGCAAUUGGACCCGUGGCCGUAGUAUCAUUGCUGCUAUCUUCCCUGCUCUCGCAAGUGGAAGAUCCCGUUGCUAACCCCAUUGCCUAUAGAAACCUUGCCUUCACGGUGACAUUCUUUGCCGGAAUCUUUCAAGCAACAUUUGGAAUUUUUAGGCUGGGUUUUCUGGUGGAUUUUCUUUCCCAUGCCGCGUUGGUUGGAUUCAUGGCAGGUGCAGCAAUCAUGAUUGGUCUUCAGCAGCUCAAGGGGCUGCUGGGAAUUACACACUUCACCAACAAAACUGAUGCAGUAUCUGUUUUGGAGUCUGUCUACAAGUCACUUCAUGAACAGAUAACUUCAAAUUCUGCAGAUAAAUGGUACCCGUUGAAUUUUGUCGUGGGAUGCUCGUUCCUGAUUUUCCUCCUCCUUAGCCGGGUUAUUGGAAGAAGAAACAAAAAGCUGUUCUGGUUGCCUGCUAUCGCACCUCUCCUAUCGGUUAUUCUGUCAACUUUAAUUGUAUAUUUGACAAGAGCCGAUAAGCACGGAGUUAAUAUAAUAAAGCGCGUCAAAGGAGGCCUGAAUCCUAGUUCAGCUCACCUUUUACAAUUCCAUGGCCAACAUGUUGGACAGACAGCAAAAAUCGGCCUGAUUUCUGCCAUCAUCGCUCUCACUGAAUCUAUAGCUGUUGGCCGGUCUUUCGCUGCCAUUAGAGGCUACAAUCUUGACGGAAACAAAGAAAUGUUAGCAAUGGGGUUCACGAACAUUGCAGGCUCUUUAACUUCAUGCUAUGUGGCAACUGGAUCUUUCUCAAGGACUGCGGUAAAUUUCAGCGCAGGAUGUCAAACGGCCAUAUCAAACAUUGUGAUGGCGGUGACGGUGUUUUUGUCACUACAAUUACUCACAAGGCUCUUAUACUACACCCCAGUGGCUAUACUUGCUUCCAUCAUUAUUUCGGCACUUCCCGGACUUAUUGACAUAAACGAGGCUUAUCACAUCUGGAAGGUCGACAAAUUCGACUUUCUUGCCUGCAUUGUGCUUUUUCUUGGCGUCUUGUUUAAAUCCGUAGAGAUUGGGCUCCUCGUUGCCGUAAUAAUCUCGUUUGCGAAGAUACUGAUUCAAUCAAUUCGGCCCGGAAUAGAAGUUCUGGGGAGAGUUCCAAGAACAGAAGCAUUUUGUGAUGUCAGUCAGUAUCCCAUGGCCAUAAGUACUCCUGGCGUCUCGGUUAUUCGCAUAAGCUCUGGCUCCCUUUGCUUCGCAAACGCUAACUUCGUCAGAGAAAGAAUACUGGAACGGGUCGCAAGAGAAGAUCAGACCGCACAAUCAAGGGUGCAAGCGGUGGUCCUGGACAUGACCAACCUGAUGGAUGUUGAUACUUCUGGAAUUAUUGCACUGGAGGAACUGCACAAAAGGCUGCAAUCCGGCGGCAUAGAACUAGCUAUGGUGAACCCAAGGUGGCAAGUGAUUCACAAGCUUAAAGUGACGCAAUUUGUGGAUAAGAUCGGAAAAGAAAGGUUUUUUCUUACGGCUGCAGAAGCUGUUGACGCGUCUUUGGCUACUAAAUUUGUGGCUCCUUGAACACGCGCGUCCCCCAUCCCCACUCUGAUAUGUAUGGUUAUUUUAAGGUUCUAGCAGCCUCUGGCUAGAUCCAAAAUAAAUUUGGGCAUUCAAUAUAAAAUUAAUGCCUGAAUUCAAUUAGCCUUUCGAGUAAAUAUAGUUUCGAAUCUUGAUUUUAUUUCGGCUUCAAA